AUGGGUGCCACGGAUAGUAAGCUUGCCUUUAGAAAAGGCGUAUUUCGUCUAUUCGAAGAAAGACAUGUUCCCAAAUCAGCCGAUGACUACUGGCCUUUGUUUUGGACACUACCGGAAUCUGUGGAUGAUGUGUAUACGUUGGUGGGCUCAAGUGACAUCAGAAAAGCAAGAGACACUGCAAUCGAAAAUAUCGAGACAUUGAUAGACAAGCUAAUAGAACAAAUGACAACCUUGUUAAAUGCCAACGCAACUACACAGACCAUCCAGCUUUUAAACUGCUGUCGCGUUUUGACCCGAAUCAUACCUUUCAUUUUCGAAAGCCCAGAAUGUGCCGAAUGGGAAAACAAGUUUUUCUGGACACCACGUCCAUUAGAUAAGAAUGCCAUUUUGCCCUCUCCCUCCAAUGCCACUCCAUCCGAUCAAAAGCAAGCAACAGCAGCAGCAGUACCGACAAACCACUUGCUACCUCCUCGAGGUGAAGUCCUCAUGAAUUUGACAUUACAAUCCCUAUUCCUGGCUGGUUUUACGUUGCCUCAUGCCAUGGGUACAGCAGAGAGCAAAGUGAAUUAUGUGAUUUGGGAAACGGGCGUUGGAUCAUCGACGCCUAUUGGAUCUUCGCGGGACAAUGAUAUGAAUAGAACAGAAGUGCUUCGUCUGCUCACUGUGCUCUUAUCGAAGUCUAUGUAUCGAUCUCCAUCUCAUAUACUGGCCAAGAAGGAUCGAUGGUUGCAACACAUGGUGUCUCGGACAGAGAGGAAAGUGGUGCUUGCAUUUCUGUGCAGUAUGAUUAAUACUUCAUGCAAGUUUAACCCCAUGGGCUGGACAGCGGUUCCUUACAAUCACAUUGUAUUCACUGAUCCUAGAGAACAAUUGGUGGCCCUAUGCUUACGAGUUUUAUUGAUCGUGUUGGAUUAUCGCCCACACACUCCCAAGGAAAAACAACGGCAACAUCAACAUGAGAGCGUUGCUGAAUCUGCAGAACAAGCACAGCGAGAAGACGAUACUCUAGUGGCUCGCAUCGACGCUAUUCAAGUGGAAGAUCACCAUCAGCAACCGCCACAAUCAUCACACACAGAAACCAUGGAAAACGCAUUUAGAUACUAUCUAUCCAAAUUACAUAGAGCACAGGACUUCCAGUUCUUGAUUGAUGGUAUCUACCGAAUUUUGAGCACCCCUAUGCAGACCCUCAGCAGUUACUUGCCGGGAUCGUCCAAAAGAGUGAGAUACCAUGUGGAAAUGAUGAUGUUGUGUUGGAAGUUGUUGGAAAUGAAUAAUAGAUUCAAAAAUUACCUGAUGGAAACCGAGAGAGCGCUAGAUUUGAUGGUUGUUUUACUAUUCUAUGCAAGUGAGAACAAGCUGGAUCCUUCUCAAGUGGGGCUCGUUCGCAUGUGUUCAUUCAUUCUACAGACAUUAUCAUCCGACAGAACAUUCAGCGUCAAGCUAAACAAACCCUUUGAUGGACAUGUAUCACUCCCUACCAACAGCAAAAUCCCCAACUUUCAAGGCUCUUAUGCAGACUAUCUUAUACUGACCAUUUUUUCAUUGAUUGCAUCCUCCAGAGGCACUCUAUCCACGCUCUACCCAGCACUCAUCAAAACCAUUGCCAAUAUUUCACCUUACCUGAAAAACGUCUGUCCACUGACAUGCAGCAAAUUGCUAGCACUGUUCAGCUCCAUGUCUGCACCUGGAUUUUUGUUGGCUGAUGAAGCAAAUCACCACCUUGUCGAUUAUUUGCUGGAGGCGUUUAACAACAUUAUACAAUUUCAAUACGAGAACAACAUCCACUUCAUCUACUCCAUUCUUCGAAAUCAUCAAAAGUUUGAGAAGCUAGCUGAAUUUAGCUUGGACAAUGCCAUGAUUGAAAUUGAAAGAUUACGCCAAGCCAAAGAGAGUCGACUUUUACAGCAGCAACAGCAACAGCAACAGCAACAGCAACAGCAAUCGCUACAAAGGCAAUCGUCUGUCGAUCCAUUACCUGAUCCCACCAGUCCUGGCAGUUUGUCUGAAAAGGCCAGGGGUAAACUACCUGAAGGAUCUCUAUCGAGAACUUCCAGUGAAUCCAGUUUGCAAAACACAGCAGCAGGCCCUCAACGCCAAUCCAGCGUCUCCUCUGUGAGUUCAAUGAGCAGCUUCUUGCCUGGCGCCAAAAACGGGUUCAUUCCUACAGAUGACUGGGUGUAUCAUUGGCACUCAAGACUUCCUUUGGACACUACAGCGACAUUGAUCCAAGACCUGCUGCCAAAGAUUGAAAAUAUGCAGUCUGCAACAAAUGAGCAAAUCAUGGAUACGCUACGACACAUCUCCAUCUCAGAAAUACUACCGCCUGCACAUCCUGUUGUUAUCCGCAAGUUUCAAUGGAGUGAACCACUUAUUAUCUGGUUUCGCAGUAUGUUGUGGGGACAAGCCUACGUUUCCUCAGUGUCAAAUUAUGGCCCAUGGAACAACACACAUGUCAAAUUAUUCCACAUCAAGCAACAGCAGCAACAGCAUCAACAGACACAACAAGCACCAUCGCAAGAUGGCAAUGUAGGCUCUGUCACUUCUCCUCGGUCUUCCUUCACUUCCAGAUGA